AUGGAUACCUCCGACCAAGAGCUUGAUCAGCCCCAAAUAGAGCUCGUCGACCAAUCGGAGCUAGAGUCCAAGAUCACGAGAAAGGCCAAUGCUGCUCUUCUUGCGAAAGAAUCGGAAAUAGACGAGAAACGACUUCAAAAGGCAAAAGCAGAGCUAGAUAAGGCAUCACGCAAGGUGAAAGCUCUACGAAGCAGACUCAACAAUCCCAGAACCAAGAUCUCACAGAGAAAAACCCUUCAGGAUGAAAUUACUUGGUUUGAAGACAAUGAAUUGGCACCACUUCAACAGGAUGUAAACGAUAUAGAACAACGGUUGAAAGACAACAAGAAACAACUUAACAUCGGGGAAAACACAGCAGCAGAGGGCGAGUCACAGCGUGACUUUUUAAUCCGUACUGGUAAAAUCACCGCUUUUGGUAGCAAUAAUGCAUUCAAGGCUGGGAGUGACGAGACCUUCAAGUCUCAUACACAUCUUCGAGCUCCAGGCUUCAUAGACGAACCAUCCGCAGCGGUAAAAUCUGAACCAGUCGAAGAAUCAAAUGUUGACCACAAUGAUGGCGAGGGCUCUCCACCUUCGGAACAAGACAAUGGUGAUCGUGAUGUAUCUGACGAUGCCUACAGCCCAGAAGAACUUUCUGAAGGACAAUCAGAAGGCGAAAUAAUAGAUAGUGCCGAAGUUGAGGAUUUGCAAGAUAAUACUGAGGUUCAGAGCACUGGCGCGGUCGCGCAGCGGAAUGUCGACGAUGGUGAUGAAUUGUACUACCAAGCUAGACUCAAAGAAUGGGUGGAGCAAAGGUCAAAGCUCCGAAGAGACAAAUUAGGGGCCGAUGCUCAGGAUGAUACAAUUCCAGAGUGGCUCAGGCCCCACCCUUCAAUUGACGAUGCCGUGCUCAACGCGCAAUUCAAACUACCUGGCGACGUGUAUCCCUCUUUAUUCGAAUACCAAAAAACUUGCGUGCAAUGGCUCUGGGAGCUAUAUUCACAAAAGACAGGAGGUAUCAUUGGUGAUGAAAUGGGUCUUGGAAAAACUAUUCAAGUGAUUGCCUUCUUAGCCGGCCUUCACUAUUCUGGUUUACUAGAUAAACCUGUUUUGUUGGUAGUACCUGCAACAGUCCUUAAUCAAUGGGUGAACGAAUUUCACCGAUGGUGGCCACCUCUUCGAUGUGUAAUUCUACACAGCAUUGGUUCUGGAAUGAAUAAAAAUCUGAUUCGAUCAGAGGAGCAGCUAGAGGCUUUAAUGGAGACUGAAGAUGCAGACGCAAGUCAGGACAUCAGUAUAAAAAUGGCUAACAACCAAAUCAAUGCGCGUGAGAUUGUUGGGCGGGUACUAGAGAAAGGUCACGUAUUGAUCACCACAUAUGUUGGACUCCGCAUCUAUUCAAAGCAAAUAUUACCUCAUGAAUGGGGAUAUGUAGUCCUUGAUGAAGGACACAAAAUUCGUAAUCCAAAUUCAGAGAUCUCGCUAGCAUGCAAGCGGGUGAAGACAUAUAAUAGAAUUAUUUUGUCCGGAACACCUAUUCAGAACAAUCUCAUCGAGCUUUGGUCUCUAUUUGACUUUGUCUUUCCAGGAAGACUCGGGACACUUCCAGUUUUUGAGCAACAGUUUGCUGUGCCAAUCAACAUGGGUGGCUAUGCAAACGCAACUAAUGUCCAAGUUCAAGCAGGAUACAAAUGCGCAGUCAUACUCAGGGAUCUAAUAUCUCCUUAUCUUUUAAGACGACUCAAGGUGGACGUAGCGCAAGACCUCCCAAAAAAGAAUGAAAUGGUCGUGUUCGUGAAGCUCACUAAGUUUCAACAAGAUCUAUACGAAAAGUUUUUGGGGAGUGAAGAUGUAAAUGCUAUAAUGAGAGGAAAGAGAAACGUUUUGAUGGGUGUGGAUAUGCUUCGAAAGAUCUGCAAUCAUCCCGAUCUCAUAGAUCGAGAGAUAUUGUCCAAAAGAAGCUCUUAUAAUUACGGUCUGCCCGCAAAAUCAGGUAAAAUGCAAGUCGUCAAAAAUCUUCUUCAGUUAUGGCAGAGCCAAGGCCACCGGACACUUCUCUUUUGCCAAACCAAGCAGAUGCUUGACAUUCUUGAAAAAUUUGUCGCCAAUUUGGAACAAAAGCUGAUCGAGCCUGAAGAAAACCCAGACUACUUCCACUACUUACGAAUGGAUGGAUCUACGCCAAUUAUACGGAGACAACAAUUAGUGGAUACAUUCAACACCAACCAUUAUUACCAUGUUUUUCUAUUAACCACUAAGGUUGGUGGUCUCGGCGUGAACCUUACAGGUGCUGAUCGUGUCAUUAUAUUCGAUCCGGAUUGGAAUCCGUCAACAGACAUGCAAGCUCGAGAGAGAGCUUGGAGACUCGGCCAAACUAAAGAUAUUACAAUCUAUCGUCUCAUGACUGCUGGAACCAUUGAGGAGAAAAUUUAUCAUCGUCAAAUUUUCAAAACGUUCUUGACAAACAAAAUUUUGAAGGAUCCGAAACAGCGUCGGUUCUUCAAGCUUAACGACUUGCAUGAUUUGUUCUCUUUGGGUGACCCCGAAGAGGCAGGAACCGAAACAGGCGAUUUGUUUCACGGGUCCGAAAAGACAUUUAGCGAAGGCAAGGAGAGAAAAUCAACCAAACUUCUGAGUUCUGGAGCCAGCAACAAGGAUGAUUUUUACAACGUAGCCAGCAUGCAAGGAGUCUCUAAAUUAGACAAAUUCGUCGACGCAGAUGAAGAUGCGGACGACAGAAACAAGGAUGAUAACCGUAUCAUGGACGGCCUUUUUUCGAACUCAGGGGUGGUGCAAAGUACAUUGCAACACGAUGAUAUUGUGAAUCUGUCUCACCACGACGUGAGUAUCAUUGAACGUGAGGCAAACCAAGUGGCUAAAGAAGCUGCAGAAGCAUUAAAGAAGUCACGUCUUGUGGCUAGAAGAACAGCUGUGGGAACUCCGACGUGGACGGGUAAGUUUGGCUCCGCCGGACGUUUUGGACCAAAAAGUAAGGGAACAAAAAGGGCGCUAACUGUUCUGAGACUGACAACUCCUGACACUGAGGCGACGCCCAAUCCAUUAAGCUCAGUGUCUAUAUUAAGUGAAGUCAGAAGCAAAAAGGCUACUUCAUCGGCAGACUCGCCAUUCGCUAAGAAAAGUAAAACAAGCAGCGAUAUUACAGCCACAAAUCACGAUUCUUUAGCCAAGCAUCUCACUGACUAUCUUUCGAAGCAGCCCGAUUUUUUCAGCCUGUCCAAUUCAAUUUUAUCGUCAUUACCCAAGACAUUUGAUUCAAAAAGCGAGAAACAAGUUGUGUUGAUCCGCUCUUUACUCCGCGAAGUCGCCACAUGGGAUUCCGCUAGAAAAGGGUGGAAACUUAAGGAUUCAUAUGCUCCAUAG